AUGGGAUCUACUCAGCUAAAAGAGCCAAUUCGAUUUACAAAAAUUCCGACUAUUCACAUCAGGCAAGCCCCAAAAAUAAGUCAUGGACAUAAAAAUAUCAUAUUAAAUGAGCCGCCAAAUACAGAAAGAGAGCCUAAAUUAUUAUUUAAACUCAACUAGAUUAUAAGAGAUGCUCCCUAUAGCUGUCGAGCGGACCACAUUCACCUCCUUAACGAUUCAUCGCUUGCUUGCCAGUCCGAGCACCCAUCACUCUGUAUUGCUUUCACGCACAAGGGCUUGCACUCGCUCGCUACCUUGAGUUGAGUUGCUCAGUCACCAUGCCGCACAUCAACGGUUUCAGCUUCCAGAAAAAUUGAAGAGCAAAUUUUCUGGUCACCUGCCGACCAAGAUGGAAACUCGUAGCUCAGGACACAGUGCAUGUUAUUGCGCUGGAAAUUGUUUUCGAUCGAUCAGGAGGAACCUCACUUGAGUUGCUGGGAUUUUUAAUUUCCAACUCCGAUUCCAUCUUCCUCUGAUUCCCUCUACUUGAGCGAACAAAAAUUUUGUUGUUUUUAAAUAAAUUUUAUAGUAAUUUUUUUUCGAAAUUUAAAAAUUCCCAAUUUGCAAAAAUUUGAAUGAAAGCAUUAAUUUAAUUUGCAAAAUUUUUAUGUUUUAAAAUACAAAUUGUUUAAAAUUAAACAGAAUUAGCUAGAGAUUUAAUUAUAAUAAUUAUCACUUGUAUAUCAAAAUAUUUUUGCUCAUAAAAAUUUUUUGUUCGCUCACAGAGUGUGAGUUUUUACCCAAAAAAUAGGAUUUUUCCAAAAUUUUGUUCACGGAGGGAGGAGAGGUAAACCUUGACCUGAAUGUGGAUGCGUCAACCUAAUCUGACUUGCACUUAACAAAACCAAGUAAAACCUUGCCUGAGUUUUACACCUUAUCGGACACCAUCCUCCCUUCCAUAAAAUUCCGGUUUACUCCAGGGUGGGCUGGUUUUCCUUGUCAUUUUAAUGUAUAUGUCUAAAUUAUUGACAUUAGACAAUUACACAUGCAUAAGGUGCAAAUCAUCGUCUGAUCUAAAAAGACCAGAAUCAGGCAGAAAUUCUAUCAUCAUUAGGGAUGAAAUGGCACAAAGUUCGGACUCAAAUCUUAUUGAAAACUACGAGCAAACUUUGCAGCUUGCUAAAGUUAGGAGAAAAAACAGAUCGACUCCGGUAUCAAAUGAAAUACUCAAUAAAAUUGAAAUCAAUCACAGUCAGUCAAGAAGUUGCUGUAAAGAAGAUUUUACGAUCAUUCAGAGUGAUAAUUCCUCACUUCCCCCUUUAAAUUGCAAAAAAUAUAUGUAAAAUUUCCAUUUUUGGGAUUUUAACCCUCUAUAAUUUAUUUCAAAAAAAUUUAAAUUUUUAUAAAAUUAAUUUUGACUUAAUUUAUAUUUAACUAUGAAUCGAUUAUUUUUUUUAAUUAUGUUUUUUAUAAAAAUAAUUAAUAUCAAAGUAUUGUGCUCAAAUUAUAUUUUUAAAAAAAAAAAUAAUUCGCCUUUAAAUUGUAACAGGAUUAAUUGUUCCAAUUUAAAGGUGGGAGAGUCAAUAAAUAAAUUCGACCAUCACUCUUCAACGACUACUUUGAAAUUGCUGUCUCCUUCAAUGCAUGAUAAAAAGCCCGAAAUUAAUGAAAAAUCUGAAGAAAAAAAGCCCGAAAUUAAUGGAAGAUCUGAAGAAAAACCGAAAAAAUACCAUCGAAGAGUUUUCAGCGAUGGGAACGCUGAGAAUCUUAUAGCAAAACAAACUGACCGCAAAUUUUUCAAAAGUUUCGCAAGUACUGCUCCUGGUGCCCCUCCUGCCAAAAUGGAAAGCCUUCAUGUACCUAAAAUAUCAGAUGUUCACAUAAGGCUUAGAGGAUCUGACCACAGAAAUAGUGACCCUAAAGCUUAUGAAGACGCUAUAAAUAAGUCGACUCAAAAUUUGCAUUCUAAAAAUAAAAUUGAAAAAGAAUGGGUUUGGAGAGGAAAGCAUGGGCUUUUACCAAGCUUAAGUUCAAAAAUUAUAUAA